AUGGUUUCCCGAAAGCGAUCUCUAACGUAUCCGACUGAUGCACCCACGGCGAAGAGACUACGCCAUGUGAGAGCUCUUCGGCGAGCUGCUCAACGAGAUCCGAGUCAACUCGAUCGGAUCACCGAGUACAACGCUAUCGAGUCCCCUCUCCUCCGCUUGCCAGCCGAGAUACGCGAUGUGAUCUAUGCCAGCGUCUUCGAGGACGAGCAGUGGGUAUUCCAUGAUGACGAUCCAUCCUAUGGAAAAGGCUUCUUAAGCUCAAGAUCAUUCCGCCAGAGUAACUUCGGAUUGCUAUCCACUUCUCGCCAACUACGUGCAGAAACCGAAUUGCUUCCGUAUAAGCUUGCAACGUUCCACUUUAGAUUCUAUGAUUGGGACGACUGGAGCGAAGUGGCGUGGUUAGGGCGUCUUCUGAUGAGGUUCUUCGAGACUAGAACAGUAGAACAGCUUCAAGCUAUGACUACGGUAACAGUCUCCGGACAUGUCGACGUGUUGAACAUGUACAUACAUUAUCGAGGGAACGUGGCUUCCUGGUUUGAUUUCUUGCCCCCCAUGUCAGGCAAGGCACCUACCCAGAAAUGGAAAUCGUUGCAGAAACAGCUAGGCGCCAAGCGCACAGGUCUCGAUUUUUAGCUAUAGACAGUUCAAACAAGUCAUAACUAUUCACUACAUGUGCAAUGCCCGUACGGGAGCCUAGUUCCAUCUACGUCACUAGCUCGCUUAUUCCAUGCGACGCCUCCACUCCUCAAGUAGCUUGCCUUGAAUUCCACGUCUCUAUUCCUACGUCUCUCUGCAAGUCUCAACAGAAACUCAGCAUGGCAUCCGAACACCGCGUUGGGGCGCCUCAUAUCAGCAAGUCAUUGGCAAAGGAACAAACCGACGGUGAGGCUCAGCGCAAAGCUCAUGCUCAACAGCUUCGCGAGCAAGGUCAUUGUGAUAAAAGUAAGUCUUCAUAUAGAAUUUAGCAAGCCCCGUAGCUAAAACGUCUAGCACCGAGCUCAACGCAGCCAACUCACCUCUUCUCC